AUGGCGGCGGCGUAUCGUCCCGAUGCCUCCCAGGGGCCUGACCCACGCACCAUGGGCAAGGUCAAGCUCGACUCGAGCGCAGAUCCAAACGCCGCCUUCAGCAGCAGCAUCCCCACCGACCUCCUGCUCGCCCUGCUGCUCGACAAGACCCUCCUCGCGUCCUCCGCCCUCCUCGUCAAGGUAUGGCUCUGGGACGCACACUCGGAAUCGAUACACGCUCCGCCGGCUUCGGCACCCUGGCCCGACCGGGAAGAUGGCAUCUACUCGGCCGCCGGCUCCCAUGCCCAGGCCGAGCACACGGGCGCAUGGGCCAUUGCGUCCGCCGUCUUCAUCAUCGCAGCCCUCGGACAGGCGGCCUGGUUCCGCGUGUGGGAGUGGGCGCCCGCCAUCAAGAGGGUCGACAAGCGGCGCCUCGCCAUCCUCUCGCUCGUCAUGUUUUCCCAGCUCAUGCUAUGGCUCCUCGCAGUGGGCCAUCUGAGCGCGACAAACGUCAUCAUCUUUUCACAGUACUGCGACAUCUGGGCCGGUGACCUCGCAAAGUCCCUCCGCGGAAGGAGCUACGGCGGGUACACGAUACUCUUCGCCCUCGCAGUCUCGUUCCUCUCGUCUUUCGCCGCCCAGCAUGAAGUGCCUUCGUCCCCGCCGACCAGCUUUGGCAGCCUGGACCUCGACGACGACAUGCCCUACUCGAUGCAGAGGAACAGGCCCGCUGGCCUAGCCUCUCCCUCUCAGCUGAGGGCCGCCUCUGCCGCGCUCGAGGCCGAGGCAAGCGUCGCAUCGUAUUCCGUCACCGGCAUCCUGCUCGGCCAUGCGUACCUGCUGCUCUUUGCGCUGGCGACGCUGGAGAAGGAGCGCGCGCUCCUGUCCGCUUCGAGGGACACGGGAGGCAGGCGCAAGGCGGGCGUCGUGGCCACCGUCUUUGUCGCCUCGGUGCUCCUGCCGUUGGGCCUCGUCGGCAAGCUCUUUGGCUUCGCGACGCUCCCGAGCAUCAGCGUGCUGGCCCCCGGCAGCGCCGGCGGUUCCACCGGCCACCUCCCCGCGUUUGUGGCGCUGGCCCUCAGCUUCCUCGUGCUCGAGCCUCUGGUCUCGACGGCGCUCGAGAACCACGCCGCCGUUCGCACUAGGGUCGCACACGGGUGGCCCAUCGCGGUCCUGGCAUCGGCCACGGUCGGCUACGUCGCCUUCGGCGUCAAGGCGACGUGGAGCCAGACGCUGAUCGCCCUGGUGGUGGGCUGGGCGCUGAGGACCAUCCUCAAAACCUCGCCCGAUUUCCAGCCCCGCUUCAGCGCCAGCGCCGGGCCCGCUGGCCAGCCGGCCGCGCAGGCCUACGCGGCGCAGCACUCGUCGGCGGAUGUCAGCUCGCUCCACGAGCUCGUCGUCUCGACGCGUUCGGCGCUCUCGGCCACGCGGCGCCACGUCAAGGCCAUCCUCGCCAACCCGGACUCGCGCAAGAUCUUCCAGUUCCUGUGCCUCAACCUGGCCUUUAUGGGCGUCCAGCUGCUCUGGGGCGUGUGGACCAACAGCCUGGGCCUCAUCAGCGACGCCAUCCACAUGUUCUUUGACUGCGCCGCCAUCGGCAUGGGCCUGUUUGCCAGCGUCAUGGCGACGUGGAAGACGGACUCGGCGUUUACCUACGGCUACGGGCGCGUCGAGACGCUGUCGGGCUUCGCCAACGGCAUCUUUCUCAUCCUCAUCAGCAUCUUUAUCGUCUUUGAGGCCGUCCAGAGGAUCAUCGAGCCUCCGGUGAUGAACAACAACAUCCAGCUGCUGAUUGUCAGCGGCAUGGGCCUGGGCGUCAACCUGUUUGGCAUGUUUGCCAUGGGCGGCCACCACCACCACCACCACGGACACUCGCACGGCCACCACCACGGACACUCGCACGGCCACGGCCACGGCCACGACCACCACGGGCACGGCCACGACCACGGGCACGGACAUGGCCACGACCACGGGCAUGGCCAUUCGCACAACAUGAUGGGAGUCUACCUCCACGUCAUGGCCGAUACGCUCGGCUCCGUCGGCGUCAUUAUCAGCACGCUGCUGAUCCAGAAAUUCGGCUGGACCGGCUUCGAUCCCGUGGCCUCUCUGUUUAUCGCGGCGCUCAUCGUGGCCAGCGUGAUCCCUUUGGUGGUCGACGCGGGCAAGAUCCUCUGCCUCGACAUGGGCGAGGAGCGGGCACAUGCCGUGACCGAGGCGCUCCAAGAGCUCAAGACGAUCGAAGGUGUGGCGUCGCAUUCAUCACCACGCUUCUGGCCAAAGGAUGCAGAGACCCUCGUGGGCACCAUUAGGAUCCAAGUCCUGCCCGGACCGGGCGAGGAUGGCUCCGUCUCGGCCGCCAGCAAGCCUGCACCCUCUCCGUCUCACCGGCAUGGCGCCCGGGUCUCGCCCGAAGCGGUGGCGCGGCGAGUCGAGCGCCUCCUCAAGACGCGCAUCGCCGGCCUCGAAGCCGUCAGCGUGCAGGUCGAGAAGCUCGUCGCGGCGGGCGCCGGUGGCUCCCCGUCCCUGGGCACAGACGGGGCCACGUUCGCCAACGGACACGCACACGCAGCUGCGGCCGGCUCGACGGCGGCAUUCGACAGCCACAGGAGUCCAGCGUCGUUCCACUGA